AUGCUGCCAAAGUAAUACGUCUUAAAUUUUCCAUUCCUUACAAUUUAAGAUUAAAAUGUUGUAAAAUAAAAUUAAUUAUUUUGAUACGGUAUGCCAAAAUUUGUAAUAUUAUCUUUUUCUAAGACUAUAAGAUCUAUUCUAUUUUUUUCUUUUUUCCACUAUGCGACAAGCAUUUCAAAUAUCCUUCAAUAUGUAUAUUUUUUAAUUCUAUUAGAAAUCGCGUAAUCAAGUUGGUAGGACACUGAGUGUAGUUUAUAGAAUUCGUUGCGAAAGUAUCGCAAUUGUGCAAUAAAGCAUCGGAAUUUCAAAAAAAUUUUAACAACUAUAAAGCAUGGAGAAACCCAUAGUUCGUGCAAGGGUAGUAAAGGUCCUCGGCAGAACGGGUUCUCAAGGACAAUGUACGCAAGUCAAAGUGGAGUUUUUGAACGAACAAAAUAGACAGUUAAUCCGAAACGUGAAGGGCCCCGUACGAGAAGGAGACAUUCUAACGCUUUUAGAAUCUGAAAGAGAAGCUAGACGGCUUCGUUAA